CACAGCUCAAGAAAAAGAAAUAAGAAAUAACAUAUACUCACCUUCUUCCAAUAGCCCUUUCUUGCUUCUUGCCAUUAGCUUUUAUCUUUACUCUAGCUUUGUCCAAUUAAUUUGUCAUCCGCCCCUCGACUCCUACUCUGAUCAAACAAAAGUCUAUCGCGUGUAUCACCAACUGAGAUCACAUUUUAAUUUCAACUUUACAAUCAUAUAGUUACAUCUGCUAUUAUCUUUUACUACUUAUUGUCGUAAUUAAUCCGCAAAUCCACUAAUUCCAUCUUUUCCAUAAUGAACUUAGAAGAUCCUGUUCAAUUCAAUAUCAAUAACAAUACCACUUCUAAUACCACUAAUCCUAACCCUAACCCCAACGCCAUCGCUAUUGAUCACAACAUCAAUAACCAAAUCGAUCCUUCUCAACCCUUACCUCAAAAUGGAAAUGAUCUCUUAGACUAUCAAUACAACUAUGCUGACAAUUUCAAUAAGGAUAAAAUUUUUGGAACAUUGUUUGAAACUACAAAGAGAUACACUGAUUUGAACCCGGUUGGUAUGGGUGCCUUCGGUUUAGUAUGUUCCGCUACUGACUUGAAAUCAAAUGAAAAAGUCGCUAUCAAAAAAAUAUCAAAACCUCUAUCAACUGAAAUCUUAGCAAAGAGAACUUAUAGAGAGCUAAAACUAUUAAAAAAUUUAAGACACGAAAACUUAAUUUGUCUUAACGACAUCUUUUUCUCUCCCUCAAGUGACAUCUAUUUUGUAACCGAAUUACAAGGUGCAGAUUUAUUAAAACUAUUAAAUACAAGACCUCUAGAGCCCCAAUUUAUCCAAUAUUUUAUCUACCAAAUUUUAAGAGGCCUAAAAUACAUUCAUUCUGCUGGUGUUAUACACAGAGAUUUAAAACCCUCAAAUAUUCUUAUAAAUGAAAAUUGUGAUUUGAAAAUUUGCGAUUUUGGUUUGGCUAGAAUCCAAGAUCCCCAAAUGACUGGUUAUGUAUCAACAAGAUAUUACAGAGCUCCAGAAAUCAUGCUAACUUGGCAAAAAUAUGACACUGAAGUUGAUAUUUGGUCAACUGGUUGUAUAUUCGCUGAAAUGGUCGAAAAUAAACCUUUAUUUCCCGGUAGAAACCAUGUUGACCAGUUUUCUAUAAUAACUGAAUUACUAGGUUCUCCUCCACAAGAUGUUAUUGAUACCAUAUGCUCAGAAAAUACUCUUAGAUUUGUGAAAAGUUUACCAAAAAAGAGUCCAAUCGAUUUAUUUGAAAGAUUUAACGACAAAUUAUCUAAAGACGGUAUUGACUUACUAUCAAAAAUGCUUGUCUUUGACUCAAGAAAGAGAAUUAAUGCCACUGAAGGUUUAUCCCAUGUUUACCUAGCAAACUAUCACGACCCGGAUGAUGAGCCUGAGGCCUCAGAAAGAUUUGAUUGGAAAUUUAAUGACGCCGACUUACCUAUUGAUACUUGGAGACUAAUGAUGUACAAUGAAAUUGUAGAUUUUAAUAACCAAGCUUAUCUCGAUACCAUAGGUAAUUAUGAUGAUAACAACAAUAACAAUAUAAAUAUAAAUGAUAACAUGUACAAUAAUGAGGAUCCUCAAUACUAUUCAUCAAAUCAAUACAACAAUCCUUACGCUGCUCAAUAGUAUCACUUGUUUUAAUUAAAAUACAUUCCACUAUUAGAAUUCUUUCUUGUUUUCUUUUCUUCUUUUUUUUUCAAAUUCGGAUUUCAAUUACUAUAAUCUAAACCAUCUAUUCAACUUCUUUAUUCUCUGUCUCUCUUAUCAUCUAUCUAUAACUUUAAUUCCCAACGAAAA